AUGUGGCUCUACCUGGUGGCUCUCCUGGGCCUGUGGAACCUCCUGCGCUUGUUCAGGGAGAGGCAGGUGGUGAGCCAUCUCCAAGACAAGCAUGUCUUCAUCACGGGCUGUGACUCGGGCUUUGGGAACCUGCUGGCCAGACAGCUGGACAGGAGAGGCAUGAGGGUGCUGGCUGCAUGUCUGACAGAAAACGGAGCUGAGGAGCUGAGGAGCAAGACAUCAGACAGGCUGGAGACAGUGAUCCUCGAUGUCACCAAGACAGAGAGCAUUGUGGCAGCCACUCAGUGGGUGAAGGAGCGUGUUGGGAACAGAGGACUCUGGGGCCUGGUCAACAAUGCUGGUAUUGCUAUCUUUGCUUUCAAUGAGUGGCUGAACAAACAGGACUUUGCAAAGGUGUUGGAUGUGAACCUGUUGGGAAUGAUCGAGGUGACCCUGAGCAUGCUGCCCUUAGUGAGGAAGGCAAGGGGCCGUGUGGUCAACGUCUCCAGCGUCAUGGGUCGACUGUCUUUCUUUGGUGGUGGUUACAGCAUCUCCAAGUAUGGUGUAGAGGCCUUCUCGGACUCCCUCAGGAGGGAGCUCUCCUAUUUUGGGGUGAAGGUGGCUAUUAUAGAGCCCGGAGGCUUCAAGACUGCUCUGUCCAGUAAUGACAGGGUAUCACCAACUAUCAAGAUGCUGUUUGAUCAGGCCAGCUCAGAAGUCAAGGAGAUCUAUGGAGAGAAGUUUUUGUCAUCCUACCUGCCAACAGUGAACUCACUGAUGGAAACGUGCUCAGAGGACCUUACCUUGGUGACAGACUGCAUGGAGCACGCGCUGACUUCCCGUCACCCUCGCACCCGGUACUCAGCUGGCUGGGAUGCCAAGCUUAUCUAUCUCCCCAUGAGCUACCUGCCCACCUUCGUAUCAGAUGCCUUGGUCUACUUGAGCUCUGUAAAACCUGCCCAGGCCCUAUGA